CAGAACAUAUAUAUAUAAUUAAGUAGCUAGCUGGCCAUGGCGAACAAGAAGGUGGUCGUCCUCCUCGUGCUGGCGGCGCUGGCCAUGGCCGCCACGCCGAUGCAUGCCGAUGCCCAGCUGCUGCCAUGCCCCAAGGAGUGCGGCAAGGACAACGACAACAUGGAGUGCCCCAACAACCUCUGCUGCAGCAAAGACGGCUUCUGCGGCCUCGGCAACAAGUACUGCAGCACAGGCUGCCAGAGCGGCGCCUGCAGCGAAAGCAUGCGCUGCGGGUGGCAGAACAGCAACGCGACGUGCCCCAACAACCAGUGCUGCAGCUGGGAUGGCUACUGCGGCUUGGGCGACUGGUUCUGCCGCAACGACAAGUGCCAGAGCGGCCCUUGCCACUAUGACAUCAAAUGCGGCCAGUUGCUGCCUGAUCCUAAUCCCUAUGGCAUAAGGAUGGAGUGCCCUAACAACUUGUGCUGCAACAAGGACGGGUUCUGCGGACUCGGCGAGGAGUACUGCAGCAACAGCACCCAAGUUGGCUGCCAGAGUGGCGCCUGCUACGACGACAAGAUUACCAUCGGCAAGCAGAGGUGCGGGAAACGCGACAUCCCAAAUGGUUCUCCUGGUAAUGGUAAAACUUGCCUCAACAAGCGCUGCUGCAGCUACGCCGGCUUCUGUGGCACCAACGGGCAAUACUGUACAGGAGGUUGCCAGAAGGACUACGGCACAUGCUACACUAGUGUGCUUGGCAGCUUCAUUAGUCUCGAUGCCCUACUCGGCUGCACACGGCCUUGACCUAUUUUUAAUUUCUCCUCUCUCCCCAGCUUGUGGUGAGAGAUGUCUUGUUGUAAUGUUUGUUGCACUGCAAUGUAACCGUUAAUUUACUGCAAUAAUAGGCCAAAUUAAUAAUUGGUGCAGUAAAAACUUGAAAAUAUUGCAGCAGCAGCAGCAGCAAACUUAAAUAAUCUGUCUCCGAGGCACACAAGUAAGUGUGCCCAC